CUUCCAUCAAUCAUCCCCUGGCGCCACUGCAGCGAGUAGCUCAAGUACGACGCGAGACUAUCCCAACUUAAUCCCUCAAUCUGGCGAGUUCCAGUGCAAGGGUCUAGCGAAUAUCGAGACCACAAUCCGUUCAUCAUCCUAAAUUCUCCAUAAUAGUCCCCCCAGCCUACCCCAGAUACCACUACCUUUACGAUGGCCGAAAACUCGAGAUCGGUGGAAAGUUUUCUAGUGGAAAUAAAACGUGACCUACUUGCGUCUGUGGCGGAAUUCUUAGGCACAACAGUUUUCCUUCUGAUGGGUUUAGGAGGAAUCCAGGCGGCCGCAAUAUCAAAUGAAGCUGCCAAAGAGGCCAGCAGAAACUCGAUUGCAAACGAGGUUGCAAGUGUUAGCCAACUGCUAUAUAUAUCCACGAGCAUGUCACUAGCUUUGCUAGCUUCAGCCUGGACGUUUUUCCGGAUCAGUGGAAGUGUUUUCAACCCGAAUGUUGCGAUUGCGUUGGCUAUGACUGGAGCCCUCAAACCAAUCCGCUUCUUCCUUUACGUGGUUGCUGAGGUCUUGGCUGGCAUCACCGCAUCUGCAAUUUUAAAUGCCAUCCUGCCAGGCUCCUUGGCCGUCGGUUGCGGCUUAGGAGUUGAAACCAAGGUGUGGCAAGGCUUGGUCAUUGAAGCGCUUCUCACGGGCAUCCUGACCAUCACCGUCUUAUUUCUCGCCGUCGAAAAACACCGCGCCACUCCAUUCGCCCCUGUGGCAAUCGGCCUGGUACUCUUUGCCACUCAUAUGUUCGGCGUCGUAUUCACUGGUGCAGCUAUGAACUCCGCUCGUGCAUUUGGACCCGAUGUGAUCACUGGAUUCAAAUCUUACCACUGGAUCUACUGGAUUGGACCUUCGAUUGGAUCAAUCGUGGCUGCCAUGAUAUAUCUCUUCUUGAAGAGUGUCGAAUAUGAAUCGUUCAACCCAAAGCAAGAUUCUGACCAAGUCCACGACUCGCCGGACCUACAAGGCAUCGAGGUCAAAAUGCGUCGACGCAACACGCAUUAUGAGAAGAACAACGAAUUCGGCUAUCCAGCUGGUGGAGCGCAGAACCCUAUGCCUGCCAACUUCGGCCUAGUUUCGGCACCAUUUCCUACAUCGAUAUAUCGCGGCAACAUGACCGAUGUCUGCGCCCCCGCAAACCCACUACCAUAUGAAAGUAGCAGGCCGCAGAGUCCUGCGCUGAGGCCACGGAAUGGGGCGCCGUCGAUCAGUGGUGGAAUGAGCACGAUUGCAUCAGCACGACAACUAAACACCAAAGGAUUUUCCCACAAUGGGGCUCACAUUGAGCACCACGAAAAUGUCGACAGGACCGAGGAACUUUCGCCCAUGACAGAUGGGUUUGUUCAUGAGAGGAGAACACAAAAUCCCACUGGGAGUGUCUGUUAAUCCACGAUAAAUUUUCCAUCAAAAAAGAGAUCCACCAUUAUCACUCGUCCCUCUUGUCCUUCUGCAUUUUCUACAAUUACCGCUGCCAAGUCGCGCCAACUUAAUCUCAGGUUAAUUACUUUUUUUCCAUGAUCUGAAUCCUGUUAUCUUGUGUUGAAUCGUCCACUCGUUCCUGUAAUGGUAGUUGAUUGUACGUUCUUAUGGGAAUCAUGCUUGUUGAAUGUAUCCAAUUCAUUCGUUCAAUUCUUUCUCGUUUCUUUUUUUUUCUUCAAUGCCUCUCUUGCCACCAAUAAAUCUUAUCGAAAAAACAUUUUUAAUCAAGAAGACUUCAACAGCUA